GUAUCCCAUAUUGGGACAGGGUAUUGAUGGCGACAUCAUGCAUGGGAGGCGACGCCAUGAGCUUCGCCAUCUCGCUGCAAAAGGAAGCGGGAUGCAGCUCUAUGGUAGAAUAUUCGCAGCAAACGCGAAUCGACGACUUCCUAAAGUUAAUAAGAGAAAGAUUCGAAGACAAAAAUCUAGCAAGACGUAAAGAAAUGUUAAUUCUCAGCCUUCCUGACAGGAAAUGGAAAAGCACUUCUGCAUUAAAGGUCACAAUGGAUGAAUUGUUACAAUGUCCUGAUGAUGGAUUAACACCAGCCCAAAUUUUGAAUAGCUUUGCAAGAGCACUCCCGGAUCCCUUAAGAACACAGUUCUAUCCCCGAACCAAGGAAGAUGGGAUCACCUAUGAGAAGUUCGGCAAGAUCGCCAUAGAUCAUAUUCUAGACGUAAUUGGAGAUGUGGAUGGUCCUUCAUAUGUCAUUGAAAUUCCUCCUCAUCUACGUACAUAUCCAGUGUUCCAUGCGUCCAAGCUCUUACCUUGUGUAACGAAUGAGCUCUUCCCAAGUCGCCGAUCAGCGAUACCUCCAAGUAUGGAUGGGAAGUAUGACGUGGAUAAGAUUGUUGCAGAAAGUACUUACCACACCGGACGUAGACGCAGACCACAACGACAGUAUAAGCUCACGCCAUCUUGUGUGCGUUUCAGCUCCGCAGGCCGCUAUGUGGGCGAAGCAGCUACCGUGGUUGAGGCCGAUUGCUCAAGUGAGGAAGAGAGGUCGACGUUUGUGUACGAGAUUAAACGAUUGAUUGGGAAGGAGUUCGACGAUCCGAGCGUUCAGGAGCUUAUUGACGGAUGGCCGUUCCAAGUGGUGAGAGGGCCAAGAGGGGAGCCGCUUCUCCCUGUGAGCGCGAAGACCAGCGGCACCCGCAGCUUGUCUUCGUCUACAUCGAAGCUGACGCCGGAAGAGAUAUCAGCCAGGCUGCUGAGGUACUGCAAGAAAAUGGCGGAGGACCGCCUCGGCUGCGAGGUGAGGAACGCCGUGAUCACUGUCCCCGCAUACUUCAACGAUUCUCAGAGACAAGCCACGCGAGAUGCUGGGCAGAUUGCGAGACUGAAUGUUCUACGCUUGGCUAAUGAGCCGACAGCAGGCGCGCUAGCUUACGCACACAGACGCCAAGUUGAAGGUGGACGCCAUAGCCAGAACUCGGAAGCUCAAGGCGAGGAAGGCAAGGAAGGGGAGAAGGAGAACCUGCUUGUGUUCGAUCUGGGCGGAGGGACGUUCGACGUCUCCCUCGUGGAGAUCGCAGAUGGAAGACUUACAGUCAAAGCUCUGGCGGGGGACACUCGCCUCGGUGGAGCGGACUUCGACAAAAGAUUGAUUGACUAUUUUCUGCAGCAGUUCGAAGCGGAGCACGGCGAGCUAGGGAGGGCGGCAGAUGUUCGGGCCAAUACCCGGAGCAUGAGAGAGCUGAGGAAAGCGUGCGUGCACGCAAAAGAGGCGUUGUCGUCGAGUGAAGUGGUUGGUGUUGGCAUUCGAGACUUCUUCAACGGCCUCGAACUUAAGAGGGCAGGUCUAACUCGAGCGACUUUCGAAGAAAUAAACAAGGACCUAUUCGAGAGAUGCAUGUUCCACGUGGCUAAAGUGCUCAAGGAAUCGAGGAUGAGUAUGGAAGACGUCUCCCAGGUGGUGCUCGUUGGGGGCUCGACGAGGAUUCCCCGCGUUAAGCAGAUGCUGAGAGAGUUCUUCGGUGAUCGGGAGCCAAUCACCCCUCUCAAUCCGGACGAGGCAGUUGCGUACGGUGCAGCACUCUAUGCCGCCAUGAUGAUGGGGGAGAAGUCAGACGAUCUACCUCAACUAAUCCCCAUGGAUGUUCUCCCUCUUUCUCUGGGAGUGGACUUGACGUCUGGGGAGAUGAGGACUAUAAUACCCAAGAACUCAGCCAUCCCGGCGACGGGGAGCUGUGUGCUGGCAACUAGUCGCGACAAUCAGACUCGAAUGCGCUUCCCUGUGUACGAGGGGGAGGCGCAGAUGACGAGAGAUAACCACUACCUUGGUGAGUUCACGCUGGAUGGAUUCGAGCCGGCGCCCAAGGGUGAAGCAUCCACAGAAGUUACGUUCCGUGUUGAUGAGAGCGGCAUCGUCCAGGCCACAGCGCGCGCCCUCUCUCUCAAUUUCACUCCGGAUAAAGAGUCUACCAUCACGAUAAGCGCAAACAAAGGAAGAUUGACAGACGAACAGGUCCAUGACAUGAUGCUAAACGAGAUCACCCUCGCGGAGGACGACGUAGAGGAAGGGGAACAGUGAGCGAAAAUGGGAGAUCUCGUUACUUGGUGUGUGUAACGAGCUGAGUCUAUUAGGAAGUAAUAGGAAGGACAUGCCGUGGCUGCUGCGAAGAUACGGCAGUUGACCUUGAAGACGUGUGUAGGUGUAUGUGAGUAGAUGGCGUUUGACUUUGAAGGAGGAGAGAGGAGGGAGAAUCGGAGAGAGAGGAAGGAGAAUCGAGAUGCAGCAUCCCGCCCACGUGUAGGACUGUACAGUCUGUCGAACAGGCCACCUAUGCAUGUGGGUUGAGCACGUGCUUUUAAACGUGGAACAUGAACGACUUAAUGCGCUCACCUAGGCAUACAUCCGAGAUC